AUGGCUACCGACCAAGAUCGACGUAAGCAGAUCAGUGUUCGUGGGAUCGCUCAAGUGGAGAAUGUAGCGAACAUCAAGAAAGCAUUCAAUCGUCAUCUCCAUUUUUCCUUGAUCAAGGUAGGUGUUUGUAUUUUGUUUAUGAGUAUUGCUUUAGGACAGAAACGUCGCGACUCCCCGUGACUACUACUUCGCCCUGGCCGAUACUGUCAGAGAUCAUUUGGUCAGCCGAUGGAUCCGAACUCAACAAUACUACUACGAGAAGGACCCCAAGAGAGUCUAUUACCUUUCGUUGGAGUACUACAUGGGCCGAACUCUUUCAAACACCAUGUUGAACUUGGGAAUGCAGGCAACCGUGGAUGAGGCCCUCUAUCAGCUUGGCUUGGACAUGGAAGAGCUCCAGGAAUUGGAAGAGGAUGCUGGUCUCGGAAAUGGUGGUUUGGGUCGAUUGGCUGCUUGUUUCUUGGAUUCGAUGGCCACUCUCGGAAUCCCGGCAUAUGGUUAUGGUCUACGCUAUGAGUACGGAAUCUUCAAGCAGCUGAUCAAGGACGGAUGGCAAGUUGAAGAGCCAGACGAUUGGCUUCGCUUCGGAAAUCCUUGGGAAAAGGCCCGUCCAGAGUACAUGCUUCCUGUAAACUUUUACGGAAAGGUGGAAAAGGAUGCAAAUGGAAAGGUAAGAGCAAGUCGUGCUUAGUUUAGUCUUGUCCUGCUGACUUACUUACUCUGUUCUUCAGAGCAAAUGGGUCGAUACCCACGUCGUCUUUGCCAUGCCUUAUGACACUCCAGUUCCCGGAUUCCGCAACAACGUCGUCAACACUCUCCGUUUGUGGUCCGCCAAGGCGGAGAACCACUUCCACCUGAAGUUCUUCAACGAUGGAGACUAUGUGAACGCUGUUAUGGACAGAAAUUUGACCGAAAACAUCACUCGUGUUCUCUAUCCGAAUGAUAAUGCAUGUUUUUGUCUUUUUAAUUUAUAUAUUUUUAGGUCUUUGUUGGUAAGGAACUCCGUCUCAAACAACAGUACUUCUUGUGUGCUGCCACGCUUCAGGACAUUAUUCGACGAUUCAAAUCCAGCAACUAUGGCUCUAGGGAUACCGUCAGAGUUGACUUCAAGCAAUUCCCCGAGAAGGUCGCCAUUCAGAUCAACGAUACCCAUCCAGCCAUCGGAAUUCCGGAGUUGAUCCGUCUUUUGGUGGACGUUGAAGGUAAAAAAAAAUCAUAAGCGUCAUUACCUUCUGAUAUCUUGUUUGUUAUUUUAUGGCAAUGAUAUUUCAGGUCUUUCGUUCGAAGACGCUUGGGAUAUCUGCGUGAAGACCUAUGGAUACACCAACCACACUCUCCUUCCCGAGGCCUUGGAACGUUGGCCCGUAACGAUGCUGGAGAAUCUGUUGCCUCGCCAUCUUCAGAUCAUUUAUGAAAUUAACCAACGUUUCAUGGAUGUCCUCUCCAAGAAAUACCCAGGAGAUUUUGACCGUAUGAAGAGAAUGUCAAUUGUGGAAGAGGCCGAUCAAUUCGGAGAGAAGAGAAUCAACAUGGCUCAUCUCUCGAUUCUCGGUUCCCAUGUUACCAACGGAGUGGCCGCCAUUCACUCGGAUCUCUUGAAGAAAACAACGUAAGACUUACCUGAAUUGUAAAACAAUAAUGUUCCUUUAAAAACUUCUCUAAUGCGUGUCGCUUUAGUUUCAAGGACUUCUUUGAACUGUUCCCAGAGCGAUUCCAGAACAAGACCAAUGGAAUCACCCCUCGUCGUUGGUUGCUCCUCUGUAAUCCCGCUCUCUCUGAUCUGAUUGUGGAGAAGAUUGGCGAAGAAUGGGAGACCGAUCUUUCCCAACUACAGAAGCUGAAGCAGUUUGUGGAUGACAAGAGCUUCCUCGAUGAGAUUGGUCGCAUCAAGAGAGUAGGUUCUGACCUCCUUUUACGUCCCUAUUGUGCCGGCAUACAUUUUAUUUUUAUUACAGGACAACAAACUUCGCGUUGCCGAAUAUCUCAAGGACAACUUUGGUGUUGAUAUUAACCCCGCCUCGAUCUUUGACAUUCACGUGAAGCGUCUUCAUGAAUACAAACGUCAACUGUUGAAUGCCCUCCACAUGAUCACUUUGUACAACAGAAUCAAGGCUAACCCAGACAAGAAGGUGGUCCCCAGAACGAUCAUGGUUGGCGGAAAGGCUGCUCCUGGUUACUACAUUGCCAAGCUAAUCAUCAGAUUGAUCACUGGAAUCUCUGAAAUUGUCAACAAAGACCCCAUUGUCGGAGACAAACUGAAGGUUGUCUACUUGGAGAAUUACCGAGUCUCCAUGGCUGAGAAGAUUAUCCCAGCGUGUGAUCUCUCCGAACAGAUCAGUACCGCUGGUACUGAGGCCUCAGGAACUGGAAACAUGAAGUUCAUGUUGAACGGAGGUCUGACAAUUGGAACCAUGGACGGAGCCAAUGUCGAGAUGGCCGAAGAAGCCGGAGAAGAGAACUUGUUCAUCUUCGGAAUGAGGGUUGAUGAUGUUCUUCAACUCCAGAAGAGAGGUUAUAAUGCGUUGGACUACAUCAACAAGAAUCCCGAGCUAAAACAGGCGGUAGAACAGAUCGAGACCGGUUUCUUCACUCCCGAUCAGCCUGAUGCUCUCCGUGAUCUGGUUAAUGUUAUCAAGAACCACGACCGUUUCUACGUGUGCGCUGAUUUCGAGGAUUACGUGAAGACCCAAGAGAAAGUCAAUGAGUUGUAUCUGGUAUGUCUGUAUCCUUGUUUUAUACGUUCCUUUUUUAGGAUCAAGACGCCUGGAAUAAAAAAUGUUUGAUCAACAUUGCUAGUUCCGGAAAAUUCUCCACUGACCGUACCAUCGCGGAAUAUGCGAAAGACAUUUGGGGUGUCGAGCCCGGAGCAGUCCAACUCCCUCCUCCAUUCGAGACCCACAAACCGGCCGGCGAUGACUAA